AUGCCAGAAUCCAACAGUUCUAAAAGCCUCCUGCGCAAUAGUGUCAACUUCCCAUCAUUCAGCGACCUUCCGGACGAGAAUGACGUUGAUCUCACCUACUACGACGAGGGCCCACGUGGAUUUGAACCCAGCCAACACUGGUGCUUCCUCGGCGAGAUCGUCGACUCCUACGGUCUCGGUCGAAUCUUAUUACGCGUAAAGGAUAAGGAUGAUCAGGUCGUCACCAUCGGGCUGUAUACAGACGACCGCGGACACGCGCUCGCUCCGCAAAUCAAGCAAGGUCACACAGUUGCUGUACUGUACGGCGAACAACAUGGCUUCUUAGACAUGUCCGUCGGCAUACGCGUCGAAGAACCCUCCAUUAUCAAAAUCAUACCAUGCUCGCUUGAGCAGCUGCUGAAGGCUAGCGAUGAUGUGGCCGCACGUAAGUUGAACGGCCAAUCAAGGUGCUGUGGGUCUUGUGGUAAAAAGGAGAAUGCCUCUGACAACACGCACUUGCGCUGGUGCUCCCGCUGCAAACAAACGUCAUACUGUGGAGAGGUUUGCCAGAGGAAAGCUUGGGUGGACGGACACAAGACUGACUGCAAAGCAUUCGUUUGGGUACAGUGGUUCGCGGCAAGAAACUGGGGAGUGUUCAAUGGAUAUUUCAAUUUCUGA